CGCGCGGGCGGGGCGGGCCUGGAGCGCGGAGCCCGAGAGCGGGGCGCGGCCUCGCCGCGAGACCCCGGGCCAUGGCGCGGGUGCUCAUCGUGGGCGCCGGGCUGACGGGAAGCCUGUGCGCAGCGCUCAUCAGGAAGGAGUUGCCCCGUCCUGUGCACCUCGCGGUGUGGGACGAGGCUGGGGACUCAGGGGGAAGAAUGACUACUGCCAGGAGUCCCUGCAAUCCAGAGAGCACAGUUGACUUGGGUGCCCAGUACAUCACCUGCACACCUCAUUACGCCCAGCAACACCAAAGUUUUUAUGUUGACCUGUUAGCUCUUGGCAUUUUGAAGCCUCUGACCUCUCCUAUUGAAGGGAUGGUGAUGAAAGAGGGAGACUGUAACUUUGUGGCACCUCAAGGAGUUUCUUCAAUUAUUAAGCAUUACUUGGACGAAUCAGGUGCUGAUGUCUACUUCAGACACUGUGUGACCCAGAUCAACCUGCGAAAUGACAAGUGGGAAGUCUCCAAGGACGAAGGUCCCCCCGAGCUGUUUGACAUUGUUGUCCUCACGAUGCCAGUUCCUCAGAUUCUGCAGCUUCAAGGUGACGUCGCAAACUUAAUUAGCAAAUGCCAAAGGCAGCAACUGGAGUCUGUGAGCUACUCCUCUCGCUACGCUCUGGGCCUCUUUUAUGAAGCUGGCACGAAGAUUGAUGUCCCUUGGGCUGGGCAGUACAUCACCAGUAAUCCCUGCAUACGCUUCAUCUCCAUUGAUAAUAAGAAACGCAAUAUAGGAUGUGUGCUUGUGUUCCUCAUCACACCAGAGUCGUCCGAAAUCGGGCCUUCCCUUGUGGUUCACACCACUGUCCCGUUUGGAGUCACCCACUUGGAGCACAGCACCGAGGCUGUGCAGGAGCUAAUCUUCCAGCAUCUGGAAGACAUCUUGCCAGGCCUGCCGCGACCAGUUGCGACCAAAUGCCAGAAAUGGAGACAUUCUCAGGUUGGUUGCGCAUCUAGGAUUAGAACCUGUGAGACCUCAUCUUGCUGUGCCCACGUGGAUGUCCCUUAGUGCCACGUUUCGGAAAGGUUGGUUUUAAGGAACCAAAUCAUGGGCUGGACAGCUAACUAGAAUGGAUCAAAUAUGGCCAUGCUCGAGGCCACACAGCAAGAUUGUUCUGUUUGGGUAGAUGCCUUGACAGUCCGAGGAUGAGCUUUCGCCAUCAGCUGAGGUGCAGAAGGAAGAAUGCAUGUCACCAAGUGUGUCGCUGGAUUAUUUCUUGCUAAUUAUCACCUUCAUGUUGUUGACAAUCUCCAUUUUGAAGUCGCCGUUAGCCUUCUGGUCUGCUCCUCUCUCUUGUCAUCUUUAAUUUCGUCCUCACACCAGAGGGACUCCUUGUGUGUAUUUUUACAGCUAAUAGUCACAACACAAAGAACCCAUUAAGUUAAGCCAUGUGAAGAUGGACAAUAUUUAACGUCUGUGACCUGCAGAAUCAGCAGCUUUGUGUGGUUCUGCUUCAUACAUGACACAUGAGAUGUUCACGUGAAACAGUUCACAUGACAAGAGGACAGCCCUGAAUUUGUCGCUAUUGAAAGCAUCCUAAAUACAGUAUCUCUUCCAUUUGAGCUUCUGCCAGCUCAGUGGGAGCCUCUGAAUAACAUUUUUUGUGUAGAUGGUUCCCUUUGAAGACCUUCAUUUGAUCAAUUGCAUGUACAAUAUUGUCUUUUUUUUAACUCAAUAAACAUUCAUUGCAUACAUAAUAGAGGUUAGGCACCAUCCCCAGCCUUGGACACAAGGAUUGGUGCAGCCCAGCUCCUGCUCUUUGAGGCAUGCGGUCUAGGAAGGGAGACAAAUCUGGACGUAAUUCCAGUGCAAAGCAGCAAGUAACAUCACAGAUAAAAUAACAUGCUGUAAAGGCUCUUACCCUGCCUGGCAGAGCACAAAGACCUCAACGCAGGUGACAUCUGUGCUGCUUCUAGAAGGGCAGCGACGAGGGGGAAAUGGUAUACCAUCACCCCGCAGGACGGCUGGCUCAAAGUCACAGAAACAUGACAAAGAAGGGCAUGUUUGAAGCACGCUUCAAGGGGAGUCCACCUAAAUGCCGUGAGAUUGAUUUCCUCCCCAAACUGCAGACUUGGCCAGUCAGCAACCCGGUCUUCCAGCCACGUGACCUAGCAUCUGGCAUGUACCAGUCAUCAAAUGGAAUUACACGGCACCGACAAAUUGUUACCUCACCCUGGGCAGAACGUUCUCCCUCCAGCUCCCUCCUGCUUAAUACCUGUUAAUGUGCAGUAGUGAUGGUUUAUCUGCACAGGGAUGUCAACUGGAAUGUGUCAUAACUUUACCGCAAAUGGAGAUUUAUGUGUGUGUGUGUGUGUGUGUGUGUAAAUUAUAUAGACAUACACGUGUAUGUAUAUAUGAGUACAUGUGAAUGAGUUAUCCCAUUUAUGUGAUUUUCUAUAUGCAUUAAGCUAAGAGACCAUCAAACGUUUUUGUUUUGUUUUAAAAAACCAUACAUAUAUAUGGUCAUGCAUUAUUUUCUAUCAAACAGAUGUCCAUCCGUGUAUAUGUAUAUGAAUGAGUUACCCUGUUUAUAUGAAUUUUCAGAUGCAUAAAACUAUCAGUGACUAUCAAACAUUUUUGUUUGUUUUAUUUAAAUUAAGUCUUCAGGGGCGCCUGGGUGGCUCAGUUGUU